AUGAACUCCACAGCAGCAGCAGCUGAAGGCACCAAGCCGUCUCCACCCGAGUUAGAACAGAAAGAGAGCAGACAGUUCAGGAGCAAAGCUCCCAAACGAAGACAGAAAGGAGUUAACAACCGCGACUCGGCGAUGGAAGGCCUUAAUGAUUCUGCGGUGGUUUGUCCCUGGGAGGAGUACGGAGACGUGGAGCUGAGUGAGAUGGCUCAGUUUGGAACAGUUUAGACCUCUGAGCCGAGCCAAGCCGAGCUGAACCGAGGAACAUUUCCUGCAUCUCCUUUACCUCCUGAGGAUGAGGAACAGAGCUUUA